AUGGAACUGGACGCGGUCGCCGACGGAGAGCCGGCGACGCCGGCCGCGCCGACGGCGACGGGCGUGGUGCGGGUGGAGAAGGUGAGGGGCAGGUCGGCGGUCACCCGGUGCUUCGCGAAGUACCCGCUCAAGAUCAUCGUCCCCUCCAAGGUGGGCUCCGCCUCCUCCGGCGCCGUCUGGCUCUAUUCCCUCACCUACGGCGGCGGCAUCGUCUCCGGGGAUAGGAUCUCCUGCACGGUGAGCGUCGGCGACGAGUGCACCGCGGCGAUGACGACGCAGGCCUCCACCAAGGUUUACAAGGCUGUGGGGUUAAAAUGUUCUGAGCAGGUUCUAGAGGCAACAGUUGGAAAGGAUGCCCUCUUUGCAGUUAUUCCUGAUCCAGUAACCUGCUUCUCAACUGCUCGAUACUACCAGAAGCAAGUGUUUCAUGUUUCUGGAAGUUCAAACUUGGUCCUUGUAGAUUGGUUUACAAGUGGCCGGUAUGAAAAUGGAGAAAUAUGGGACUUCAACUCCUACAAGAGCGUCAACCAUAUUAUUUCAGAAGAAAAUCAGCCUAUGUUCAUUGACUCGGUUCUAUUGGAACAAGGUUCAAAUUGCAGUAUUUCUGAGCGGAUGCAGGAAUACAAUGUUGUUGCGAUGGUUGUCUUACUAGGACCAAAGCUGAAGCACAUACAGGAUCAGAUGCAAGACGAAGUGAAGAACAUGAUGUCUGUCCAGCUACGUCCUCCCACCUCUGGUGGCGGCCGCUACGCCGCAAGGCCACAGCCCCUGCACACCAAGACGAGGCCCCCACUCAUCGCCUCUUGCAGUCCCUUCGGUCGCACGGGAACCGGCAUGGUGGCGCGGAUAGUGGCGGUGAGCACCGAGUCCGUGUACACCUUCCUGAGACAUCACCUGGCGGCGCUCGAGCCGUUCCUGGGCGCCGCCCCGUAUUCUGCAUCCUGAAGCUCGCAACAGGCUGCUGAGUGCUGAUUGUGAAGUUGUAAAUCGUUUCGGUGUAUACAGCUAACUUUGCUGCCUCCAUUUCGGCGAUGCUGUGUGUCCUAAGCUGGGCAGUUUUGUUAACUCACUCGAACAGACCUUGUGGAUUUCGAUGCGCAAGACUGGAAUGGGCUGGUUGGCCCAGUCUGCGUUGCUUGGGCCGUAAAUGUUCAUGUAAAUUAGGGCCCAAAAUAAUAAAGCACUGGUUUAUUUUC